AUGACCGAUUUUUCAAUAGCACCUGAACCAUUGAAUAAACUUGUCUGGCGUUUUGAUGAUAACAACUUAGCAUUAUCUUCAUCUAUAGUUCUUGCCGAUGCUGAUGGAGAAAAUCAUGAAUACUAUCAAUCAAAAUCACCGUCAAUAAUUAAUUCAUAUGAAACAGGAGAAAAUGUGAAUAUUGCUGAACGUUAUUUACUUGAAGUAAUAAGAGCAUCACCAAGUGAAGUAGAAGAAAAAUGGAAUCGAUUUGUUCAACGCAUUGAACAAAAUUAUAAUAAUCGUUCACAGAUUCAAAAAAUUAUACAUAAUUUAGAUAAAAAGAAACAAUAUUCAGCUUUACAUUACGCUGUUUGGCAUAAUAAUAUUUUUCUUGUAGAAAAACUGUUGGUGGAAAAAAGUAAAUUUUCUUCAGAUGUAAAUAUAUUGAGUGGUAACGGUGAACAUGUACUUCAUAUUGUUGCUCAAUCGAAAGCUAUUUGGACGAUAGAUGAAUUAAAAGAAGAAACAUCGGCAACAAAGUCAAAACAACGUAGAGAUGAAGCAUCACCAAUACCACAUACAACUGAUACUCGAGUUGAACCUCAAAAAGACUUAUCUAAUAUGCCAACAGUACUUCAAAUAUUAUUACCAUUAUGUAAAAAAGUCGAUCAUAGAGAUAAUGAAAAACGAACACCAUUACAUGUUGCUGUUUUACUCAAUCGACCUAUUUAUAUUGAUAUUUUACUUCAAUGGGGAGCUGAUAUCUCGGCACAAAGUAUUCUUCAACAAAAUGUUUUUCAUUGUGUUGCACUAUCAUUAUGUUCAUCUGAAGAUAAAGAUAAAAUGUUCAAUAUAUUUAUAAAUUCACCAAAAACAAAUUCAUCUUUAUUCAUAACAACAAAUCUUGAAGGUCUUACACCUUUAUCAAUGGCUGUUGGUCAUGGUACACCACAUAUGAUAAAUACAAUUGUAUCAAGAAUUGAUACUAGUUUAUUUCGGCAUGAAUUACCUAUUUGUAUUAAUAUGCUUGCAAAACGUUCAAAAACAUUACCAACAGAAAUACUUGCACGAUUUCUUAUUUACUAUUAUCGUCCACCAGAAUCUACAAUUCUAUUUCAUAUUAUUUGUCAUUAUGAUAAUCCUGAAUUACUUAAGUAUAUUCUUGAUUUUACGCAAGGACGUACGAACAAUCUAAAUAAAUUACUAGAACAAACUGAUGAACAUGGCUAUACACCAUUAUUAAUAGCUGCUUAUUAUGGUCAUAAAUCAAUGGUUGAAAUAUUACUUGGAUGUAAAGUUGAAUAUCUUCAUAUAAUGACGCAUGACAAGAAAAACAUACUUCAUCUUGUUGCACAACGACAACAUGAACAUGUUUUUAAUAUAUUAAAGGAAAAAUUAAAUGCAGAUGAUUUUUUAAUUUUAAUGUCUACUCAACCAUUACAAGCAACACCCUUACAUGAAAUAAGUAAAACCAAUAAUGUUGUAUUAUGUGAUUCUAUGUUAAAAAAUUAUAAUGGUGAUAAGUUAAAAUUAUUUCAACAUCAAAAUGCUUAUGGACGAACAAUAUUUCAUGAAGCAUGUGAAUAUGGACGUUUAGAAAUGAUUAAAUAUUUAACUAGUGAUGAUUUAAUAAAAGACAAACAAAUUAAAAUUCAAUUAUUAGCUAUUGGAGAUGAUGAAAGACGAACAUGUUUACAUUUAGCAGCAGCUGAAGGUCAUGCUGAUGUAGUCGCUUAUCUUCUUCAAAUGCAUCUUGUCAAUAUUAAUGUAUUAACAGAUAAAGGUGAGACAGCAUUUCAUUAUGCCUGUGCAAAUGGACAUCGACCUGUAGUUAUUGAAUUAUUAGCAAAUGAAUGUGAUACAUUAAUACGUAAUGCUCAACUUUAUAAUGGCUUAGAAUUAGCUAUAUUAAAUCAUAAUGAAGGCGUAGCUCGUUUAUUAUUACUUGAAUUCUAUGAUUGGCGUCCAAUGUUGCAAAAUGCUCAAAUUAUAUUAGAUUCAACUGCAAAUGCAUAUGAUACACCACUUCGUAAAUUAAUACGUUAUAUGCCUGACUUAGCAAGAGAUGUUAUUGAUCAACAAUUUACACGAACAAGUGGAUUUGAAAAUAUGACUGUUAAUAAGGAAAUAUAUGAUUAUGAAUUUUUUGAAGAUCACUUAACUGUUAAACACUGGUAUUCAAAAGUUAAAACAAGUAAUAUUACAGAUAAUGGUGCUCUUGUUAAAUGUUGUGGCGUAUUUAAAUAUCGAACUAAAUACGAACCAUAUACAGGUGAUUCGUAUACACUUGUACGUAAUCAUCCAUUAUUCAUAGUAUCUGACUCUGAAAAUCAAUCAUUGAUGGAACAUUCAUUUUGUCAAACAUUACGAGCAAGAAAAUAUUCACAAUUUGGUCAAUAUCUACUUGUUUUUUCCUUUAUACUUUAUAUUCUUUAUCUUAUUACUUAUACAACAAUUAUGUUACGUACUAAACAUCCACAAUAUUUUUAUUCAUUAGUUAAUGAAACAUCAAUUCAUAAUUAUAUGUGUGAAUCAGUAGCAAAUCGUUUAAUAUCAUAUAAUAUAAGUGAAGCUUAUAAAGAUAAUACAUUUAAAAAUUUAAAAGUUGGUGUUUAUACUUUUUUAUGUUUAUUUAUUGCAAAAAAUCUUGUCUUAAUUUUAACCUUAUUUCCAAGAUUAUUUCGAAAAGCUUCAUAUUAUUUAGAAGCUGCAGCAUUGAUUUUAGCAUUUGUUUGUGUACUGGAUCAUGAUCAUUGGCUUAGUCUUUUACUACUUCGAUGUCCAACUCAAUAUCAAGUUGUAAGUCAAAACAAUAUUUGA